GUAAUAUUAAGAAUAAUAAUAAUAUUCUCGUAGUAUAUGACAUUUGACCGGAUCUGUGUAGCACACGUGACUUCCGGUCGCCACCAACAAUUUUUCACUUUAUAUUCAUCUUUACCAUCAUUAUCUAUACCAUUAACUACGACUCAAACCCCAUAACGAGGAUGUUAGCCAGUAUCCGAAGUGUCAGAGCCCGUACAGGGACCCAUUUGCGGACAUAUGCCUCAAGUUCUAUUGGCUCCAAACCUCAUCAGGUCGAAAUGACCACUUUAACCAAUGGUCUUCGAGUGGUAACCGAUUCGACUCCUGGUCACUUCAGUGCUUUAGGAGCUUAUGUAGAUGCUGGAUCAAGAUUUGAAGAUCCUGACCGACCUGGGUUAUCCCACAUCUGUGACAGAAUGGCUUGGAAAUCAACAGAGCAAUCUAGUGGAACUGAAAUGCUUGAGAAUUUAUCGAAACUUGGAGGAAACUAUAUGUGUGCAGCUCAACGAGAGUCCAUGAUCUAUCAAGCAUCUGUAUUCAAUAAGGAUGUUACUAAGAUGAUAGAUGUGAUUGCUCAAACGGUCAGGUCACCAAAAUUUACCGAUCAAGAGAUUGCUGAAACAUUACAGACAGCUCAAUAUGAAGUUUCUGAAUUGGCUUACAAGCAUGAAAUGUUGUUACCAGAAGUCUUACAUUCCGCUGCUUACAAUAAGAACACAUUGGGGUUACCACUCUUCUGUCCUGCCGAACGAAUUCCACUAAUUUCUAAACAAGAUUUAGUCAAUUAUCAUGGUAAAUUCUUUCAACCUCAGAAUGUCGUGGUGGCGAUGGUAGGUGUACCUCAUUCCCAAGCAGUAUCAUUGGCUACUAAUCAUUUCGGAGACUGGAAAAAUACUUCAGCAACUAAACCAGAUUUGGGACAAGUUACGUAUACAGGAGGAGAAAUUUCUUUACCAUAUCAAGCUCCUAUAUAUAGUAAUUUGCCUGAACUAUAUCAUAUGCAAAUAGGGUUUGAAACUACAGGAUUAUUAAAUGAAGAUCUUUAUGCAUUAGCAACCCUUCAAAAAUUACUUGGAGGAGGUUCAUCAUUCUCGGCUGGUGGACCUGGUAAAGGUAUGUUUUCUCGAUUAUAUACUAGAGUGUUAAAUCAAUAUGCCUUUGUUGAAAAUUGCAUGGCAUUCAACCAUUCAUAUGUCGAUUCAGGAUUAUUUGGAAUUACUAUAUCAUGUUCACCUAAUGCGGCUCAUGUGAUGUCACAAAUAAUUUGCUUUGAAUUAUCCAAAUUACUUGAAAAGGAUCCAAAGAAUGGAGGACUUACAGAUUCAGAAGUGCAACGUGCUAAAAAUCAAUUAAUAAGUGCUUUACUUAUGAAUGUAGAAAGUAGACUUGCUAAGUUAGAAGAUUUAGGAAGACAAAUUCAAUGUCAAGGAAAGGUAACAUCUACAGAUUACAUGAUUCAAAAGAUUGAACAAAUUUCUGUAAAUGAUUUACGUAAAGUAGCCGAAAAAGUACUUACAGGUAAGGUUAUAACUAAAGGAAUAAGUUCUGGAAUUCCAUCAGUAGUUAUGCAGGGAGAUAGAGAAGCAUUCGGAGAUGUGGAAUAUAUUCUUCGACACUAUGGUUUAGGGAAAUUUGAUGGACCUACCUUAGAGAAGCCACGAGAAAUAGAUAGUAAAGGACAUCCUAAACGUAAAUGGUUCUAGAUGCUAUAAUGGAUAUAUGUUUGGCAUUAUUUGUAAUUAGAAUUAGUAAUAUAAUAGUAAUCUUGUAAUUAGUGUAGGUAAUAUAAUAGUCUAAUGAUAGCUUCCAUCCAUACAACAUUUAACAUUCUUUUUUUAAUUGAUGAUGCUUAAUUCAAGUAUUAUCUCCCCUUUACAUUGGAAAAAAAACCCUUAAGCGGUAUUUUCUUUUAUAAUUAAAUGCUUAGAUAUAAACAUAUAACAG